GACCAACCAAUGUAAAAAAUCUGGAAUGUACACGAGUCAAUCCAGAGGUCUGGAGCUCUUUGAAGCCGAAAACUCGGUCAAAAGACAUUAAGCUGCAAAAAGUGCAGCAAGCACUCAUAAAAGGAGUGGUGCCUAGUGUGCUUUAUAAGAAAAGGACACGCAUGGCUACUCGCAUUGCGUAAGUGCAGCUCCGAACAAUAAUAAAAGGAAUUCCGGCUACUACGCAACCACACCGAAUAGGGGUAGGCAGUAUAUAACAUCUACAAAAGUAACAUAAAUUCUGUCAUAGUUCAUGAAAUACCCAGACAGGGCUUCAUCAUGGGCAGGUUUCAAGCUGGUCGUUCCCACCAGGGUUGGUACGCAGUUCUCUGUCUGUUUGUCAGCUAUGUGUUGUGGAUGUGGUUCAUCAAGGGACUGGGAGUGAUGUUACCAACACUACAAGAGCAAUUUGCAACCCAAACUUGGCUGGUCGGCUGGGUGCUAUCGAUUAUCACUGCAGUCAUAUGUAUUACCGUUCAUGAAAUACCCAGACAGGGCUUCAUCAUGGGCAGGUUUCAAGCUGGUCGUUCCCACCAGGGUUGGUACGCAGUUCUCUGUCUGUUUGUCAGCUAUGUUGUGGAUGUGGUUCAUCAAGGGACUGGGAGUGAUGUUACCAACACUACAAGAGCAAUUUGCAACCCAAACUUGGCUGGUCGGCUGGGUGCUAUCGAUUAUCACUGCAGUCAUAUGUAUUACCGUCUGUAUGAUACCAGGUAUCACACGUAUCACAAGCUACAGCUGUUCUCGUUUUCGACCAGCGGACGGCUUUCUUACAGACCCCACAUGGAUACUUGGGAGAGUCUCCUUGCUAGGCCACUCGAGGUCAUGUUUGGUACUCGCACGGUGGUGACGGUCAGCGGUUUCAUCCUUGGUGUCUCCAUGGUCAUCGCUUCUUUUUCCACUAGUAUUGUCAUGUUGACAUCAGUACUAGCACUGGCAGCUGGACCUGCUGUAAGUGUCGUCCAGAUUCUGACAAGGGCGCUACUCGGGCGCUGUUUUACGACAAACUAUGGCAUGGCGGUAGGCAUAGGGACAGCAGGAGGUGCAGUAGGCUUGAUCACCGUUGGGCCUUUUACCCAACUGUUGCUGGAUACGUACGGCUGGGGAGGGGCUUUGCUCAUUCUUGGAGGGUUGACCAUGCAUCUUGGGGUGUGUGGCGCCCUCUUCCGUUCAGCGUCGACUGAUGAAACAAAUUACAGUUAUCAGCCGGUGAGCACCGGCGCCAAUGAGGAACCACAAGUCGGCUCAUCAAGUGCCGAAAAGGCAGGCAACUUGAAGCAGUCAUCACGACUUGGCGCCGUCAAAGACGCCCUCGGUGCGCAGAUGAAACAUUUCGGAUUCUCAGUUUGUUUCAUGUUCUCAUUUUGGAUCACAGCAGUCCCCUUCAUAUGCAACCGCUUUGUGGGUGAUCAAUGGAUAAUCUAUUACGUCUCCCAAGCCGAAGCUAAAGGCUUCUCUCCUUACGACGCUGUGACAUUCACCACAGCUGGAGGGGUCGGCAACUUCGUUUCCAAGAUUUUGCUUGGUGUUAUCGUCGAUAAAGGUUUGUUAAAAUUGAGAACGGCAAUCGCACUGAUGAUCACACUGAGUUCCUCGGCUUUGUUGAUAACUCCCUGGGUAAACUCUUAUUGGUUGAUGUCGGUCAGCUCAGUUUUCUAUUAUAGCGGUCGUGGAGCAGGUGCUUCACUGAAUGAUAUGUACACCAGGGAGCUGCUUGGACCUGAUCUCUUGGCAUGUGCUUUCGCUUGGAUGGAGCUGGUGACGGCCAUUUUAAGUUUCAGCCUUGGAUUCUUUCCAGGUUGGAUGUACGACCAGACUGGCAGUUUUGAUUGGGCCUUUUUCAUCCUGGGAUGCAUUUCAGCUCUAUCGUGGAUGGCGCUGUUGAUGGAAUGGGUCCAGGCGAGAUGCAAGUCCCAGCAGACGGCUUGAAGUAUUCCUAAUUAAACUACAAGAAUGCUGGCGCGUGAAAUGAAAAACAACAUGCUAUAGAAUGAAUCAUGCCCCUUUUCAUUGCAAUCUGAUGAAUGUGGACUAUAUUCUUAAUUAUAAAACAAUAACAUGAUCGUGUAUAAAGUAUAUGCUGUUGUGUUAAAUUUCAAAAUUUUAGGAUUAAUUUUCAAACUACUUUACUGGAAGAACAAUAUAACAUUAUGAUCAUUUAUGUAUAGUUACAUUUUUUAAUGAUUAAACAAUGCUUAGUUAGGGGGAAAUGAAAAGCAUAAGUAAUACAGUACAAUGUAAAAAUAAAGUAUGUUAACUUAAAAAAUAAAAGUAUGUAACUAUGUAACAUGGAAUCUUUCACAGAUCCACUCUAUAAUUGAUUUGUACAGCAGUUUUGAUGUUGAACUUACAGUUUUCAAGUAAAUUUUCUCCUUUUUUUGACAAAAUCUGGUUAACUUACAACGUUUUGCUGUAAAAUCAGCACCUAAGACUAACGCGUUUUGUAAAUAUAAGUGGUUCGAUGUGUUAUCGAUAGUUUGCUACAAUUCGAAACAGAUUGUUUCGAUGUAGACCGCUGUAAUCUGUGAAUACACAUUCAGCUUGUUAUUUGAAAUAAUGGAAAAGUUGGACGGUUACAUCUCCAUUGUAAAGAAAGAAAGAUGCACUGUACUGUCUUUGAGAAAGAA